AUGUCUCCCAACAAUAACGAAAAGGAGCAUCGCCACCUUGGAACUUCGUCUGGAAAUGACCUGAAUGUUACCACCACAACACCAAAGCCUACAUCGAUCUCCGUAGCGGGUAGCCCUACCACCGGCAACGCAUCCCGUCAAGCAACUGGAAACGAGGAAGCGACGACAUCUAGCUCUAAUCUUUCGUCACCAGAGUCUGCUUCUGAAGUGUCGCCGAAACUAUCCAUGAAAGAGAAAGUCACCCAGCAUGAGAACUUCAUGAGAGUGCCCACAGCAGCUCCAAAGCCUACAUCGAUCUCCUUAGCGGGUAGCCCUACCACCGGCAACGCAUCCCGUCAAGCAACUAGAAACGAGAAAGCGACGACAUCUAGCUCUGAUCUUUCGUCACCGGAGUCUCCUUCUGAAGUGUCGCCGAAAAUAUCCGUUAAAGAGAAAGUCGCCCAGCAUGAGUCCUUCGUGAAAGUGUCCACAGCAGCAUCAAAGCCUACAUCGAUUCCCGUAGCGGGUGGCCCUACCACCGGCAACGCAUCCCGUCAAGUAACUAGAAACGAGGAAACGACGAACUCUAGCUCUAAUCUUUCGUCACCGGAGUUUGCUUCUAAACUGUCGCCGAAAAUAUCCGUUAAAGAGAGAGUCGCCCAGCAUAUGCAGCAUGAGAACUUCGUGAAAGUGUCCACAGCAGCACCAACGCCUACAUCGAUCCCCUUAGCGGGUAGCCCUACCACCGGCAACGCAUCCCGUCAAGCAACUGGAAACGAGGAAGCGACGACAUCUAGCUCUGAUCUUUCGUCACCGGAGUCUGCUUCUGUAGUGUCGCCGAAAACAUCCGUUAAAGAGAAAGUCGCCCAGCAUGAGUCCUUCGUGAAAGUGUCCACAGCAGCAUCAAAGCCUACAUCGAUUCCCGUAGCGGGUGGCCCUACCACCGGCAACGCAUCCCGUCAAGCAACUGGAAACGAGGAAGCAACGACAUCUAGCUCUGAUCUUUCGUUACCGGAGUCUGCUUCUGAAGUGUCGCCGAAAAUAUCCGUUAAAGAGAAAGUCACCCAGCAUGAGAACUUCGUGGAAGUGUCCACAGCAGAUCCUCAAGAAAUGUCUCCCAACAACAACGAAAAGGAGCAUCGCCAUCUUGAAACUUCGUCUGGAAAUGACCUGAAUGUUACCACCACAACACCAAAGCCUACAUCGAUCUCCGUAGCGGGUAGCCCUACCACCGGCAACGCAUCCCGUCAAGCAACUGGAAACGACGAAGCGACGACAUCUAGCUCUGAUCUUUCGUCACCGGAGUCUGCUUCUGAAGUGUCGCCGAAAAUAUCCGUUAAAGAGAAAGUCGCCCAGCAUGAGUCCUUCGUGAAAGUGUCCACAUUAGUCACAGUCUGGAACUCUGCUCCACAUCUUGAGUGGAUCAAGCCGUUGGUGACUGGACUGGCCACAUGUGUGUUGACCCCAAUGUGGUCCAUGUGGCUUACAUUUCAUGGCGAUCUUGCCAGGACCUCGUAG